AAAAGAAAAAAACAACUGUCAAAUUUUUUUUUAACCAAUCAACGAAUACAUUCUCAUCGGUAAGAUUUCACCACCCUGUUAAUUUAUCAUCAUUAAAAAAAAAAUAAAAAUGAAAAAGUGAUUUGGAGAAACUCGCACCGCAAUGAUGAAUUCAACCAGAACCGACGAAACGUUCAAUUUACAAAAGAAUUUAGAAACUCAACUUGAACGUCUUGUUGAACAGCUAAACGAUUUGGAGCAAUGUCGUGAAGAACUAGAACCCGAGGAAUAUGAAGAAACCAAAGAAGAUACAAUUGAACAACUCAAGGAACUUAACAGGAGUCUUGUAAAAUUGAGUAAAGGCGAUAUAACUUUGAUUAGUUCUUUGGAAUCGAUGCAAAUGGCUACAAGGGCAGCUAUUUCACAAGCAUUUAAAACGCCGGAAGUCAUUAAAUUAUUUGGUAAAAAAGAUCAAAAGCAAUUACGCGAUAAACUUUCCAAUUUAGAGCAAAACGUUAAAUUAAAUUCCGAGCAAUUUAAUAGACAAAAAGCUGAAAUGUUGACGGCAUUAAAACAACUUGGAGAGCAAUUAUCGCCAGGAGAACUGCAAUUUUUGGAGAAAUACAGUGAAAUAAUGAAUGCUUUAAAAGAUAUUGAGUUUGUUGAGGUUGAAAAUUCUUGAUUAUUAUGCUUUAAUUUUAAAAAAAUGAUUGGGACUUUUAAAAUAUAUAAUUAUUAUAUUGUUGUGGUAUAUUAGUAUUUACCGACUAGUCUAUACUUAUUAUUAAAGCUAAGAGUGUCCUAAAUGUAUGUGUACAAAUAUUUUUAACAAUAAAUGUAAUUAAAACAA